CGUGCGUCGCCUCCGUCUGCAUGCAUAGUGUGCCUCGUGGACUUGUCAUGGGACUUCUGCCGGUACGUCUGUCCUUUAGCGCUGUUAUCGCGACCCGCCUAGUUGCCCGUAACAUCUGUUCAGCUCGCUGGUACAGCCGCGGCCAGAACUCGCCGACCUCCUUCUGUUCCUUACUGCACGCGCUAAUGGCUGCGCUUGAAGCCUCACCGCCCGCCAUCCUCUUCUCGUCACUGCCUAGCUCGCCGUCGAAAUCCCGGCCUUGCGCAAUGCCCGUCGUAGCUAGGUCCAUGCAUGCAAACCCCGCCCGCCGUGAGUUUCUCGCCCGUGGUCUUGGCUCGUCUCGCUCGCUCGACGCCCCGCCUGGGCCGCGUCCAGGAGCCCCCAUUCUCUCGUCGUCCUCUCGUUCGAUGUCGCUUACAUUCGAGUACUCAUAGGUCCGCACAUGGUCGACUAGGUACGGCACAUCCGUUCCUCCUCGAUCUCCUCGCGUCGGACCCAGUACCUCGCUGAACGGGCUCCUGUGUCGGCGACCGACCACUGCAAGACACGCGUCGCUCCCAGCGAUUUCACCGGUGAGUCUAACCU